UCUGCAUUGGCGCGUAACGAGCAGCGCUAUUAUCGCUGUUGACCUCCCCACAAUUGACAGUGCGAGUGCGAGUGCGAGUGGGAGAGAGAGGGUCCUGUUCACAGGAUGCGCUUCACUGCGCGCGCGCACCUGUUUUUUUAUUCUUCUGUGUGCCCGAGUGUGUGUGUGUGUGUGUUUUAGUUGCAGCGGUGUAACGCAACAACAAUGAGAACGACAACGGAUAGCAAAAGAGGAAGAGGAACAACCACUGCAAACAACAACAACAACAACAAUAACAAGUCGCGCGUAAAAUUUGUUAUUGCCACAGCCAGAAAAGUGAACGCCGAGAAUUGGCCUCGAUGAUUGACGGCAACUAUGCUCAUUGUGGACAUGCUAACAUUGGCUUUAACCAACGGACAGAGCGUGCUAGAGCGAGACCGAGAACGAGACCGAGAGAGGGAGCGAGAGCGAGAAAGAGGAAAGAUGACGGCGACAAUGGCAAACAAAGCGCUAAGCAAACAAGCUGAAGAUGCAAAUUGGAAGAGCAACAGCAACAACACCAACAACAACAACAACAACAAUAGAAGCAACAACAUUUAUGAUAUUGCAGCAAGUCGAGCGGGCAACAUGCCACACCGUGGAGUAGGCUUCAAUGUUGCACGAGUCGCUGGCGACGAUGACGAUGACGUUGGUCAUGUUGCUGCUGCCUGUGUCGAUUUGUCAUGCGAGGCACGCAUUGAUGAUGUUGCUGCUGCCAAUGCUGCCAAUGCUGCCACUGCUGCUGUUGUUGCUGGCGUGCAAUAUAAGGCGCAUUGUGUGUGGCAGCCGUUGCGCAGCGUUGCGAGGGGCGAAGAGGCGUGCCAGUCAGCAACGACAAUGACAACACGAAUGUUGAGCGACAUGCAAACGACGCAGGCGCGUGCUGAAUACAGCAACGACAACGACAACGUCAACGUCAACGACAACGACAACUACAACAUCAUCGUCAACUCACGAGCGGAAGUUGCCAGCAAUUGUGAGCGCGCGCAAGUCGAGCGUGAGAGCGGGAGCGACAACGCAAACGCAAACCAUGCUGGCCAUGGUCAACAACCACCCAAAGUCACAACAACAACAGCCAGCAAUGGGAGCAACAGCAGCAGCAGCAGCGACUGCGCCUGCUCAAUACCAACAGACGAGGUACCAACAGCAGAAGCAAAAGCAGCAGCAGCAGCUCCAGUGGCAGUGGCAACACUCGCAGUGGCAGCAGUCGUCGCAGCAAGCGCAGCUGAGCACCAGCAGCAGCAGCAGCAGCAGCAGCCCAAGCAGCCAAUUUUCAAUCAAUUUGGCCAGAAAACAAUUGCAAAACAAUUUACAACAAAUUGUGCAAAUUUCAUCUUAACAACUCAAGACAACAACGGUUUAAACGCUGUGCGACAAAAACAACAACAACAACAACAAUUGCAAAUCGUACAAGAAAACGGGCAACAGCAACUGAACGUGCAACAACAACAACAAUUUGUAAGCCAACAAAAUUUGUAUACAGGCGUCAACAACGACGCCAACGCCAACGUUGACGUCAACGGCGACAGCGCAGUCGACUGCGCAGCGCGACGUAGAGAAAAAUUUGUGCAAAAAGGCAGUGAAAAUGCGUUAACAGCUCCAGCUCGCGUGCCACAUGAUUUUUUUUCCAAUUCUAAUUUAUGUGCAAAUGUGCAAAGUGACAAAGUAUCAAAAGCAACCGCAACAGCAACAUCAAUUGUAACUGCAACAGCAACAGCAACAACAUCUUUAAGUGUCAGCCACGCCAAGGCAACGCAACAAAAUUUCAAACAUCAGCAGCAGGCUCAGGGGGAACAGCAAGGAGAGCAGCAGCAGCAGCAGCAGUUGCCGAGGACGCCAUUGUCAUUGCCAUAUUUGUGGCUUGAAGCAGAAGCAGGAGCAGAAGCAGAAGAGGACGCAGCACAAGGUGGAGCAUGGCACGACCCUCUGAUUGCUGUUGAUAAUGCCGUUGGAGACAUUGUCGUCGUCGAUGCGGAUGCUGUGGUUGCCUUGUCAGUUGAUGUUGAUGUUGCUGGUGCUGACGGUUACGUGGAUAACGUGAGUAACGUGAGUAAAGCCAACAACAAAGCAGACAACAAAGCAACGAACGUAACGAGUAAUAACAGCAACGAGUUGCAAGUGACGAGUGGCGAGUGCAAGCUUAUAGAUUGCGAAUCACUUGACGCUGAUCGGGAGCAACAAGAGCAGACCACCAAGGAAUGCGAGGAGCGUGCAACAACAACAGGAACAACAACUACAACUACAACUACAACCAGUAACGAGUGCAACUCGUCAGUGUUGGCUGUGACAGCAACAAGCUGCAGCGAUUGCGAUCUUAUUGAUUUUGAAAACGAUUUGAUUGACGAUUUUGUGGCCAGUCAGCGACUGAAACGCUUACAGCACAAUUUUCAGGGACGCGUCAACAGCAGCAAUAGUAACAACAGCAACAACAGCAACAACAACAGCAACCAUUCUAGCAACGACAACAACAGCUGUAGUGUCACUGCUGAAGUUGAUUGUGUAAAGGCAUCCUUGAGACAACAGCAACAACAGCAACAACAACUAAAUGCCAGCGCAGCAACAAUAAAGAAACUACCCCCAACUAACACUUGCCUCACUCCAUCAGCAGCAACAACAACAACCACAACAACGGCAACAACCCCCGCGAUAAAGCUGGUCGAAUGGGCUUUUAAGGACAAUCAAAUUGUUGAAAAGAAGUCCAAGCAAAGCUCAAGUGCAAUACAAUUAAAUGUAAAUUGUAUUCAAGAGGAGCAGCAAUUGCCAAAUGAAACCAGCAGCAGCAGCAGCAGCAACCACAACAACAGCAACAUUCAGCAAUUGACAGAGCAAGAGCAAUUGCUGAAUAGGCGAGUGCGCGUGUGCGUGGCAAACGAGAGCGAAACGAACGCGAUUCGAGAGAUUGAAAGUGUUGAAUUGACAGCUGUCAAAAACAGCAGCAGCAGCAAUAACAGCAACAGCAACAGCAACAGCAGCACUGACAACAGCAGUAACAGCAAUAUCAACAGCAGCGACCAGGUGCUGAUUGAAAUUGAAACGGAUGGCGAUAGAUUGACGGGCAAACGCAGCGCAUUUGUGGCCACCGAGUUUGGUGACAAGACAAGCAACAAAACAACAUCAUCGUUGUUGUUGUCAUCGUCAUCGUCAUCGUCAGAGCCACACGAUAAUUUUGUGAGCACACUCAGCGAGUUCGAUGUGCAGCGCUUUGGCGAGUAUCUGAAAGCAGCGAGACAACUGCAGCUGCUCGACAUCAAUCACAAUCCAAGCGCCUCAUCGUUGUCGCACACAAUUGUUAAUCCCAUAGAGUCGGCUGCAGGUGUUGUUAGUGGGAAACAGCGACGCGGUUUUCAGUGCUACGACGAAUUGCUCGCUGAAUUCGUUAGCGAGCAGCAAGAAGAAGAGGAGGAGGUCGAGGAAGAGGAAGAGAGCGACACUGUUAGCGAGAGCGAUAGCGAUAGCAACAAUUGCAACGAUUGUCAGUGCCAUGAGUGCCUAGCGUCGUCCGCACAGUUUAUACAACCAACGCCGACGAGCAACGAGUAUUGCAUUAAUAGUAAUAAUAUAGCGAGUGCACUCGUUACUUCAACAGCAGCAGCAGCAGCAGCAGCCACAGUCAAGCCAACAACAACAUCGAGAACAGCGAUCAAGAUGCGUGAGGUUAAUGGACAGCUGCGUGGUCUGCUCAAAAAACCAAAUCGUCCGCCGCCGACGCGUAAAAAUCGCGUUGUCUUCGACGAGACACGUAACGAGUUCUUCGAGGCGGACUAUGUCAUAUUGAUACGUGAGGAUUGCGCCUACGAUGAGGAGGACGAGGAGCCCUGCACUUGUGGCGAGCACGAGCUCGUCCGUCUCUGCUGCGAGGAGGGCUGCCAAUGCAACUAUGCGGUGAAUGCCGCCGAUCCAGGCGAUGGCCGAACGCCACAGAGUCCCAAAUAUCAACCGCCGAUUGACUUUGUGGACGAUGCGGCGCUCAGUCCGCCCGAUGGCUACAAGGAUAAUAGCUUAAAGAAUACGCUUGGUGGCGCGCUAAGCGGCCACAUCUUUGGGGCGCAACAUUUGCAGCAGUUGCAGGUGAUACAGCGUCUGCAACAGCAACGUGCCGCAAUGUUGGCCGCACGCAACAGCAAUGGCAACGGCAAUAGUCAACAAAUACCGCCGCCACCGCCGCCCGUUGGCACCGCAGCCCAACAACAGCAACAACAACAGCAGCAGCAGCAGCAACAACAACAGCAGCAACAACAACAACAGCAGCAGCAGCAGCAACCACAUCAUGGAGCAGCGACACAGCAUCAUGGAGCAGGGCAACAGCAGGCGGAUGAGGACUUGCAGGGCGUGUGCACCGAGUGCGCGGAGUGCGCCGAAUGUGCAGCCAAACAGCUGCAGGAUGCAGAAUGCAGCUCGGCGCAGUGUGGCGAGGAAUUGACGCCGAUCGGCGUCCCAGCGGUGGCGCUGUUGCCGCUGCACACAAGUUCACCGGAGCGUCGGAUUACGCAGAAGGAGAUCAUUGCCGGGGAGGAGAGGCCCAAAUAUGUGCUGCAAUCGCAAUACAACAAGCCAACAGCGGGUGCUGCAGUCAAAGUUAGAAAGGAUUCAAGCAACAACCACACAAGUAGCAGUAGCAGUAGCAGGCCCAACGCCACCGCCAGCGCUGGCAUUGGCAUUGGCGGUUCCAUUAGCUCAACUGGCGGCUAUGGCAACUCCUUGCUGCCGGCCGUGGCCAAGAAAAAACGAUUUGUUGUUGAAACUAUUACCACUAUGACCACAGUGACCGAGCGACGCAUUAUACGUGAGGCGCACGAGGAUGUCGCUGCCAACGCCGGUGGAGCGAACGCUGGAGCCGCAGUUGCCACACCCGGACCUGGAGCUGGACAGACAGCUGGUGCCGAGAUGUUGCCGCCAGCGUUGCCAGCCAAGGCAAGCGCAACAGCAGCUGUUGCAGCCGCUGCCGCAGCUGCAGCCGCCGCCACAGCAGCAACUGGAAAUGCAACGGAUCAAUAUGAUGAGCUGAAACCGCCGCCCAUACCACCCAAGGAGACGACGACCACGCAGAUCAGCGGCAUACUCAAAGGCGGCAAACUGUGGAAGCAGGACUCUAUCUCGCAACAAUCGGAUGACCAGAACAACACCACCUCCGAGGAUGAGAGUGGUGCCACCAAGCGUUCUGUGCGUUUCGUAACCGAGGAUCAGGCCAAUGCCGGCACCGAUGGCGACGGUCAAUCGUUGUCUGGUGAUCUAGACGACAGCGAGAAUCAGAUCAACGAGCUCAUACCGAUCAAGAAGCAUUCGACGCUGUUCAACAAUGCGUUGCGUCCCAAUUCGGCGGUGCGCCAGCUGUUUCCCAGCGUGUCGGCCCAACAGGCGCCGGUGUUGACCUCGGAGGCACUGCGCGCCUUCGACGAGUCGAAGCGUGCCGGCUGCCUGGUCACCCAUUUGCCCGGCAGCUGCGGUGACUCGGACACCUUGCGCCGCAGCAUGGAACGCAACAUACUGCGACGUUCCCUGAUCAAGAAAAAGGCCGUCAAGUCGGACAUCUCGCUGGAGGAGCGGAUUAAGCAGCUCACCUGCGACAUUGACGAGGAUCUGGCCGAGGAGUUAUCGCUGGCUCGCAGCGUUGUCGAGCACGAGCAACAGGUGGAUCAGGAUCAGGGCAGCGAACGCGAGUGCAGCGAGCUGGCGCAACGCGACAGUCCCGCCGGCGAGGAGAAUCCCAAUGCGAUGGCGCCCAAGUUCUUGAACGGUGAGAAGAGCUUCUCGCCGAGCAGCUCAGUGUCCAGCUCGUCGAGCGGUUCGUCCGCCUACAAGAAAAUCGCCGACAUUUUCAGUCGCGACAAGAAACAGGAGAAGAUCAUGGAGCUUGAGGAGAAUCCCAUAGUCAUUAUACCGCAGGAAUGCCGCUGUCCCGCCGCACCGGAUCUGGGCAUGGGCAUCCAGGUGCCCGUUGUGCACACGCAAAUCCAUCGCACGCCGCCCCGUCAAACGGAACCGAAGCGUCAGUUCCUAUCCACGCUGGCGCCGCUCACCGCCUGCGUUGCCGGCAACAAGGACGAUCUCUCCUCGUAUUACACGUUGGCUGCGGCAGCGGCGGCCCAUCAGCAUGGGCACGCCCACCACGCCCAUUAUGCCGCUGCAGCGGCUGCCGCCGACUUCAAUAUGAGUCAACUACUGGGCGCAGCAGCAGCCGGAGCGGGAGGCGAUGCUGCCGCACAGCAAGCAGCCGCUGUGGCCGCGAUGGCAGCUCAGGGCUUGGCGCUGGGUGGUGGCAACGGAGCCGGCGGCUCAGGUGGUGUUGGUGGCGGGGAUGAGGCGCGUAAGGUGGCGCCCGAUGUGAUUGCCGGGACACCGGGACAAGAGACGUCGCAGCAGGACGAGUUGGCGGCAUUUGCGCAGGCGGAAGCAAAGCGCACCGAGCAGCUAAAGAAACGCUACACGGGAAUGGAGAGUGGCGGUCAGUCGCAGUCGCAAUCGCAGGCGAGCAGCGACGAUGAUGAGCAGAACGAUUAUGGGUUCAACAAGCGGCCGUCGGUGCGCGGCAUUAAGCCGAAGUUUAGCUCAACGAACGAGAUACUCGCCCAGAUGCAGGAACAGUUGACGCAACAGAUACCGACGACGGUGAUCAGCAGUCAACCGGUGCCGCAGGCGGUCAAGGGUUAUGCGAUGCCCAAUCAGCCCAAGCAACUCUCGCAGAAUCCCUCGCCACAGAACGUGCCACAGCAACAGCAGCAGCAGCAGCAACAACAACAGCAGCAGCAGCAGCAGCAACAAUUGCAACAGCAACAACAGGCGCAGGUGCAGUUGCAACAACAGAUGGCAGCUGCAGCGGCAGCGUUGCAGGCGAACACGAUUGCCCAGCAAAAGACGGAGCAACGCACCUGGAGCUUCUACAGCGAGAGCGGCGAGCAGCAACGCUUCCCCGUCGAUGCGGCAGCCAUACAGCAGACCUACUAUCAAACAUUGCCCGCCGGUGCCAUGUUCCGUCAGACGAUGAUCCAGCAGCAGGGCGGAGCGCCCGAUGAUGCCUCAUCGCUGCUGUAUGCCGCCGCCCAGAAUUGCCAGAGCGUCACGGCAACAGCCACGGCCACCGCCACCGUUGAUGGUCGCAUCGAGCAGAGCAAGCACAGCAGCUACAGCAGCCACUUUGCACGCAGCCCCACCCGACGACCGGAAUCGCCGCCGCCGUUGCGCAACUAUCACCAGACGAUGGUCCUGAUACCCUACAAUGCGGAGACGUACUCGCAGUUUGCCACCAGCAGCAGUGUCGAUCCCAAGCUGGCCCACAUCCAGCGGCAGAAUAUACUCGAGUAUCAACAGGUGACACAGCAAACGAUACGUGUGCCCAUUGGCUAUGCGCUGCCUGGCAUGCAACUGCAUGUGGUCAGUGGGCGUGGCCAUGCCGCCCAUUACGGACAACACCCGCACACGGCAGCCCAACAGCAGCAGCAGCAGCAACACCAACAACAGCAACAGCAGCAGCAGCAACAACAGCAGCAGCAACGUCUGAUGCAGCAACACUAUCAGUUUGGAGCCGAGGGCGGAAUGCCGGGCUUCAGUGAGCGGGGCGUGCCCGAGGGAGCAGCCGCUGUAUCGCACAGCGAUUGCAAUGCCAUGGUCUCACCCACAACAGCAGCAGCAGCCGCCGCUGCCGUGCAACAGCAGCAGCAACAACAGCAGCAACAGCAGCAACAGCUUCAGCAGCAACAACAACAACAGGUGGCAGGAGGAGCUGCCGCUUCGGCAGCUCAGGGCUCGGUGUAUUAUGCGAUGAACGUAUGACCCGGGCUUGAAUAGUCGCUGCCAGCGGCGUUGAUUGUCGAGCGCCGCCAGUGUCAACGCGUCGAGUUGUCAGCGACUUCAGUGCAUUUGGGUGGCGCCGCCGGUGGCGGCAGAUGAGCUAACAACCAGCCACAGCCACGCCCACCACAACAGCCCUCAACAACAGCCUCAUUUCCCUCUCCGCAAAUUGAGUUAACAAAGCUGUCAUUGUGUCGUUGAGUUUUGCUCCGCGUUGAUCCUAGCGAACCUGCGCUUUAUUUCUUUUCCAUGCCUCCUCCUCCCUCCCUCGCUCCUACCCCCCCUUCCCUAGUGUCGCAAUCUCUGUUAUUUUCCUGUGUAUGUGUAGGUGUGCAGGUGUAUCUACGCCUCAUCAGUGUGUGCGUGUGUGUAUGUGUCUGUGAAUUUCGAAAAUUUAAUAUUGUAUAUUGUUGCGCCAACCCUGUUCCAUGCCCAGCCCUGGAUCUGGACACUGUGCAACAGUGCAACGCACGUAAAGUGAAACGUAACGAAACGAAACGAAAAACCACAAAACACUAUUAAAAUUAAACAUUUAACAAUUCUCUUUAAUACAACAAAUAUAUACAUACUAACGAAAUUAAGCAUAUACAUAUGCAUAUAUGAUAAAUUAUGAGAGGCAAGCAGGUUAAAGAAGAACCAGAAGAAGAAGGAGAACAAAGGAAAAUCGAUUUCAAUUUCGAAUUGAGUUGAGUUUUCCAAAGUUACGUUUUCGAAUCUCGAAUUUCGCAUCAACCAAAAUAGUAAACCAAAUUAAUUAAGUAUAUGAAUUUAUUUAUUACAUGCUGGGUGCUACAAAUGCAACAAAAACAAAAUCGAAAAGAUACUGAAAAUGUUGAAAUUAUAAUUUCGUUUUUCAAAUACCCUGUACUUUAGAAUUCAGAAUUCAAAAACUUUCGAGUGUCUGUUUAGCAACUAAAAUUAAACAAAGUUCUUUAAUGAAUUUUUGUUCAAAAAUCAUUGAAAAGGGAAACUCUUUAAUUUCGAGAACAGGGUAGCUGUUAGUCGUUCAUGUUGCGACUAGAUUGAUCUUCAUUUUUUUUUUUUUAGUCUAUGAUUUAGCUUUAGUUUAGUUGUUUCGCUUUGAUUGAAAAGAAAACAAAAACAAAAACGUAAUUGCUCAAUGAAAAUUGCAUUUGAUUUUAAGUGAAAAUAUACAUAAAUUAAAUUUAAUUAAAUUAUAAAUAUAUAUAAAUUAUAUUAUACAUACACUCAUAUUUAAAUUAUCAUACUAUAUACAUAUAUAUUUAUUAUAUAUGUAGUGCAAUUUGUUGCUACAGUGAAACUUUCUUUCACAUCCAUUUCUCGACUCGAAACUAGAACAAAAAAUCAAAACCAAAAACCACAAACCACAAAAAAAAAAACACAAUCUUAACACAUAAAACACACACAAACAAAAAAAAUAUAUAUAUACAUAUAUAUUGAAUUUGUCUUUUUUUAAAUCUCAAGGUAGUAAAUAUCAUAUAUGAAGGAACUUAAUUAAUAGAGCUAUUCUUAAGCAAAUUAUUACUAUUAUUAUUUAUGUCUAUACACUUGAUCCAAAUACUCUUUUUUUUUGUAUUAAAUAUAUAUAUAUAUAUAAAUAUGUGUAUUUAUUUUGAUUUAUUAUAAAUAAUAUGCAAUAUAUGGUUUUUAUGCCCAUUGCAAUGGGCGCGAAUUCCAGAAAGUAGGCAACAAAUAAAUGUAAGCUGAAAGCUGGAAAUGGGAACAACCCAAUUGCAAGGGUAUUUAAGCUUCGGCUAUGCCGAUUAGAGUGCUUCCCCCCUCUCCACCACUAUUUUGAUUUUCUUACAUUAACGAUACAGUUUUAAUUGAUAGAACUUUCAUUCGCUACAUUUAUAAUAUGCGCACGUAUUUCUUUGGUGAUUUGGGGUUUUCUGGAAUGUCCCCCAUACGAACCCCGAUAAGUGCCAUUGUACGAUUGCGUAUUUAUUUUGUGAGCUGCAGUUUGUUUGGGUUUCAUGAGAGAGAAUACAUGCCUACGUACACAUUUGUAUGUGUGUGCGUAGGAUCUAUGUAUACGAAUCUAUUGUAUCAUUCUUAAAUAACAAAAAUCAUCUACUUCUAAGUAACAGUGCCAAAGUUGCACCAAAACAAAACUAAAAUAAAAAACAAAAAAGAAAACUUGUUAGAAACUUGAACUUGAAACAGGUAACACAAAUAGGAAAGAAAACGAUAUAAUGCAAAAAUAUAUAAAAAGAGAAAUCCAAUACUUUUUAAGAGUAUAUACAAUACAAUUUAACUGGCAAAGGAAACGAACGAAUAUAAAGCAAAUAUUAUUUUUAACACUCCACUUGCGUUCAUGUCUAUAAUAAACAUUCAACCAAAAAUAUAAGAGAAAAAAUAAAAACAUUAUAUAGUAUAUACAUAUAUAUAUAUAAAUAUAAAUUACAUUUAAAAUGCAAUAAAAAAGAAAUAAAUAGAUGAAGCAGAUUAAGAAGAAACAAAGACAACGCAUAGCAAGUGAAGCCAGAGCGAGAGUUAGUUAGUGCUACAGUACAGUUAGUUCGAUACAGUUAGUUAUAUACAUAUACAUAUAUACAUAUACAUAGAAGAGGCCCAGGCGCAAAACGAACUUAGUCGUAUACAUAUAUAUAAUACAUAUAUAUACCAUACACAACCAAUAUAUACCGAAACUAUGAUAUAUAGUAUACACAACAAAGUGUAGUUAAAAAAAAAACAUAGCGCACUUUUAGGCGCCACAUAAAAAUAGAAAGAAAUGAACAAAAAAAAAUCGAACGAACACUUUACCCGAACAAUUUCCGAGAAAAAAACCUAAAUUCAAGAAUUGAUAAAGCAGCGCGAUUUGCAUAUUUAAUAACAAUUAAAUAUAUAUAUAUAUUCCAGUAUAUAUAUAUACAUGUAUAUGAUAUACAUAUAUAUAUAUAUUAGAUGUUUAUGUAAUACAUAAAGAAAACACAAAAAAAAAAAAACAGCUAAAGUAACGCAAAGAAUUUCACAGAAAAAUGCAAAAGAAAAUUAUGAAUGGUAUUUUUUGCGACUUUUUCUGUUCGAAUUGUCUGGGUUGAGAAUAUCAGCUAUAACUAAUUUUUUUCUAUGCAAAAUGUAGUUGACAAAUUAUAUAAAACAAAAAAAAAAACAACAACAAAAAAAGCAGAUAUACAUAUAUAUAUAUACACUAAUCUAUUGAAUGGUUAAAGAAUUUUGAUUUUUUUUUUUGUGGCAUGCAACAACAGACACAAUGUGAAAAAUGUGUAUUCAUUAAUUAAAUAAGAAAGAAUAUGAAAACAAAAAAAAAAAAAAAAAAACAGAAAACAAACCAAAUAUAUAUAAAUAGUACUUAUAUACACAAUUAGUGUAUAUGGCAGAGGCAAAACAGCAACAACUAUAGAACAACAAAAUAAAAAUAAAAAACAAAA